AUGAUCACGCAAGCAAAGCUGGUGGAACAGCUGCGGGAGCACCAGAUCCGGUCGGCGCAGUCAUACUCCGCGGCCCUCGCCGUCUUCUCCCCCAACCCCCACAUCGCCUCCAGGCGGGACCUGAGGGUGGCUCUCCUCUAUGCCUUUUUGUUCUGUUUUCUCAUGGUGUCGUGCUAUGCCGCGCUUUACCUGAAAUGGUUCAAGCUCUCGUCCCUCUUUGUAAUCCUCGGAAUCCUUCUCCCAGUAAGUCUCAAAAUCUCUAGGAAUAGAAGACUCAAAAGGAAAAGAGAGCGAAGAUUGCCGUUGCCCUUGUCCAUGUGAAUAUCUUUCUGAUACCCUGUAACAUUUUAGUGAAGUGGCUCAACUACAAAGAGGAAAAAUCCUGGGUUUACUCAAUUCUCCGGCUCAACCUAUGCCCUUGAAUAUGUUGUAUCUAUUACCUGUUUUCCC